CUUGUUUAAUUGAAAUAUCUCAUAUAUUGAUAAACAAGAUCAACAAGGAAAGGCGGCGUUUAAUUAUCUAAGUUUGUGAAGUCGCUGAAUAUUGACCUCGAGAUUUAAAUGUACGUACAUGUAUAUAUAAAAAUUUCUAAAAUAGGGACACUAUAAUCGUUACACAAUAUGGCGGAAAGUGGAAGUAAAAUACGAGAGGAUGAUAAAUUUCCUGGUCGUUUGAAGAAACAUGUAUGUCAACCAUGUUUAAGUAAGGAUAAGCAAACUGUAGCUGACAAGUUUUGUUCGACUUGUAAUGAAUUCCAAUGUAAUGAUUGUUCAAAUGUACACAACGUGCUCGCCAUCUUGAAAAAUCAUAAAUUGGUGAGCGUGAAAGAAGCUAAUGUUGCAAGUAUUUCGUUUAAAAUGAAGGCCUUAGAUAUAUGUGAUCAACAUCAACAUUCUUUAGAAUUUUUUUGUGAGGAUGAAAAGAAGCUUUGCUGCAGUACUUGUGCUAUUGUUAAUCACCGAAAAUGUCACAGUGUUGUAGAAAUUGAGAAGAUAGCCGGAAAAAUAACCUCACCAAUUUCUACCUUAGGGGACGAAUUGAAGGAAGCUAAAGAAGCCGCCGAGAGCGUUGCGAGACAUAUUCGCUCUUCAAAAGAUCAACUUGCUGAAGAUAUAAAAGAAAUACAAGUAGAGAUAAGACAAAUACGAGACGAAGUAAUGAGAAUAUUUGACGAUUUAGAAGAUUCCGUCGCCCAGAGAGCUGAAAUUCUUCUGAGAGAAACAUUAGAAAAUUUGUCCAAAAAACAAACACUUAACGAGAAACAUUUGACUGAUGUUACAUCGAGCUUAGAGACGAUUGAAAGUAUUUUCAAAAAUGGAACUUCAGUACAGAAGUAUAUUGCAGAACAUAAAAUGGAGAGUAAAGUCAAUUCUCUCUGUAGAAACAUCAAGGAGGAAUAUAAGAAAUUAGAGACACUGAAAAUUUCUUUUCAUUUUGACGAAACUUUAAAACUGCCACCAUUACCAAACUCUGAAUAUGUUCCAGGACAAUUACUUUUUAAGACAACUCGACUGGGAGAUGUUAAUUCUGUUAACAUGGCGAUGAACUUAACACCAGUUUCUACUAUUAUUUUGAAGAAGACGGGAUAUGAGAUCAAAAAUCCGUUAUAUACAAGCAUAGAUUUUCUACCUGAUGGUAGACUGGUGGCUGUGGAUAACCAAAACAAGAAAUGUUUAGUUUACAAUGAGAAGCUUGAAAAAGUAGGAUCAUGUGCUCUACCUUACUACCCAUUAUCUGCUGUUGUAGUAUCUGAGGAGGAAGUAGCGAUUACACGCGGUGAACAAUACAAAAUAGAAUUUUUACAUGUUAGUAAAUGUAAUGAAAUAAGGUCUAGUAAGACAUGUAAAGUGAAAACGAAAUAUUACUCUAUAUGUUUGAAAGAUGAUAAACAGUUUGUAGUAGGGACUUAUGAUGAACCAAGACCUGUUCGUAUUGUAACAUUGACAGGUAAGGAGUAUGAUUUUGGUGUUAACUUCCCAAACAAGACAUAUACUAUAGACAGUAGCGCUAGUACUUACAUAAAGAGCAGUGAUAAAGUGGUGAUAACAGAUAGAUACGAUCAUACUGUUUACAUAUAUGAUAUCAAGACAGACACGAGAGUCGUAGUGAAGGAUGAUCAGAUACAGGAACCAUGUGGUGCAGCAGUUGGUCCCUCUGACACUAUCCUGGUGUGUUGUUGUAAAACAAAAACCAUUGUACAGAUAUCUGAAACAGGUCAGAUGUUAUCAUCGUACAAAUUAGAUAUGGACUAUCCAUAUAAAGUAUGUGUCUCACGUGAUAAAUCAUUCAUUGCUGUUGCAAAUAACUGUCAUGGAAUUAAUAAAAUGCAGAAAUUCAAAAUAUCAUGUUAGUAACACAAUCUUAUGUUUCACAUAGAAGAUUAACACACCCAUGCAAAGUUAUUAAAGAAUGAAACAAGAAUUUAUCGGUUACAUAUGAUGGAUGGACCUACGUUCUAGCAUCGAAGUAGCUCUUCAUAAAAAAGACUUUCAAAUAAAACACUAUGCUGAGAAAAAGUAUGCAAACAAAAAUGUAGUUAAUGUAUGCUAUGACAGACAGCUUUAACAUCGCUAACAUCAGGUGUAAACAAUUCAAUAUUAAUAAUUCCGAUGAUUUCAAUUGAUAUAUUUAUUUCAUUUUAGGUACACGUGCGUUAAAUUUAAAUUUCAUCGACAGAUUGUACUUUUCAUGUGCAGACUCAAUCAAACAGAAGUUGCAAGUUUCAUGUAAUUUUAUUGGGAUAAUUGUUUCCGAAGCAUUUUUUAUUUAGCACGGCUUUUAUGUAAAGUAGUUAUGUUCUGUACCAUAGUUAUCUUAUUUUUUAAAUCAUCAAAUAAUGUUGACUGUAUUAUUAUGCAUUUGUUUGUAAAUAUCAAAUUGCCGAAGAUUUUUUGUCCAAAUAUUUGUGAUAUCAUGUCACAACGUUAUUUUAAUACAUUAAACCCUCAAAUUAAAAUAUCACCACCGUACAAGAGGGGGUA